UCUCUCUUUCUGUGUGCACGCAGCAGCUGAGCCGUUGUCAGUCUUGGAAUGUCGCCGCCGCCUGACGCCGGGAGUCAGACGCUCGGUCGCUAAGCACCGCUGAGGAGCAGCAGCAGCAUCACAGCAUCCCGGAGGCUGAGCGCACAAAGGAUCUGGUGUUUGGCGUCACCGUGAGGAAUACAAUGUGUGUUCUGCUCACGCUACCUUGCAGCGUUCAUCCAAUCACAAGCUACUCACCAUAAACUUCCCCCAGUCGUCCGGACGUGCGUCACAUCCCCUCGCUGCUCGGAUACCAUGCUCGUCGGUCGGGUGGUCCUGACGUUCUGUACCCUGUGGCCCGUCGCCGCCGCACUGCCUCUCACGCCUGGGAAUAUCGGGAAUGUGUUUGGGACGCCGGAGAGCGACGGCAGGAUUCUGCAGCGGUCCAAGCGGGGAUGGAUGUGGAAUCAAUUCUUUCUGCUGGAGGAAUACACGGGGAACGACCAUCAGUAUGUCGGCAAGCUGCACUCCAACAUGGACAAAGACGACGGAACGGUCAAGUACAUCCUGACGGGGGACGGCGCCGGCACCCUCUUCCUGAUCGAUGAAAACUCCGGCGACAUCCAUGCCACCAAGAGGCUGGACCGCGAGGAGAAGGCCAUGUACACGCUGCACGCCAAGGUGGUGGACCGCACCACCAACGAGGAGCUGGAGCCCGACACAGAGUUCAACAUCAAGAUCCAUGACAUUAACGACAACGCGCCGAAAUUCGAGCGAGACGUCUACUUUGCCAACGUGCCGGAGAUGUCGGAUGUCGGCACAUCUGUCGUCACCGUGACGGCCACAGACGCCGACGACCAAACGUACGGCAACAGCGCCAAACUAGUCUACAGCAUCCUGCAGGGACAGCCUUACUUCUCUGUGGACUCUGAGAACGGAACUAUCAAGACCGCCCUGCCCAGCAUGGAUCGAGAGGUCAAGGAGAAGUACCAAGUGGUGAUCCAGGCUAAGGACAUGGCCGGACAGAUGGGGGGCCUCUCGGGGACCACCACGGUUAGCAUCACCCUCUCCGACGUCAACGACAGCCCACCACGCUUUGCAAACCACUCCUUCCGCGUCACCGCCGUGGAGUCCACGGACAUCGGUGGCGCCAUCGGCCGCAUAAAGGCAGAUGACUCAGAUGUGGGCCGGAACGCCGAGAUGGAGUACAGCGUGGUUGGCAACCAUGACAUGUUCAACAUUGUGACGGACAAGACCAUGCAGGAAGGGGUGAUCAUCAUCAAAAGGGCCCUGGAUUACGAGAGCAAGAGGGACUACGAAUUCCAGGUGGAGGUGAGGAACACGUACUUGGAUGCCAGGUACAUCCACGGCUUAGAGUUCAAGGACUACGCCACGGUCAAGGUGACGGUGGAGAACGUUGACGAGCCGCCCGUUUUCACCCGCAACCCUUACAUCAUCGAGGUGCAUGAGGACACGGCCGCCGGCAGCUUCGUGGGCGUGGUGUCGGCCAGGGACCCCGAUGCCGCGAACAAGCCGGUCAAGUACUCCAUUGACCGCCAUACAGACCUCGAGAGGCUGUUCGAAAUUGAUUCUUCAAAUGGAACCAUUACAAGCCGAAAAGCUUUGGACAGAGAAAUGUCCAAAUGGCACAACAUCUCAGUGAUGGCUGCUGAAAUAAAUAACCCACGGCAAAUCGCACGUGUACCAGUAUUCAUCAAAGUGUUGGAUGUUAACGACAACGCUCCCGAGUUCGCCAUGUCCUACGACACAUUUGUCUGCGAGAACGUCAAAGCAGGACAGUUGAUCCAGACCAUAAGUGCCGUGGACACAGACGAGCCCCUCGUGGGACACAAGUUUGUCUUCAGUAUAAGCCCCGAAAACCCAAACUUCACCAUCAGUGACCGAGAAGAUAACACCGCCAAUAUCCUGACGCGGCGGGGAGGUUUCAGCCGGCGGGAGAUGAGCGUUUAUUUCCUGCCUGUGGUGAUUUCGGACAAUGACUACCCGAUCCAGAGCAGCACCAGCACGCUGCUGGUACGCGUGUGCGCUUGCGACAGCCGCGGAAACAUGCAGUCGUGCAGCCCCGAGGUGCUGCCAUUCUCCGACGGGCUGACCACCGGCGCCCUGGUGGCCAUCUUGCUGUGUGUCAUCAUUCUGCUCAUGAUCGUGGUGCUGUUCACCGCCUUGAGGAAGCAGCGGAAGAAAGAGCCGCUGAUCAUCUCCAAAGACGACGUCCGAGACAACGUGGUCAGCUACAACGACGAGGGCGGCGGCGAGGAGGACACGCAGGCCUUCGACAUCGGGACGCUGCGCAACCCCGAGGUGAUGGACGCUAACAAGCUACGCAGGGACAUCAUACCUGAAAUGCUCUUUUCAUUUCGGAGGACAUCACCAAUAAAAGAUAACACGGAUGUCAGAGACUUCAUUAAUGGGAGGCUUCAAGAGAAUGAUUCCGACCCCACGGCUCCCCCGUAUGACUCCCUGGCCACGUACGCUUACGAGGGCAACGGCUCGCUGGCGGAAUCUCUCAGUUCGCUGGAGUCCACCGCUACCGAGGGGGACCAGGAAUAUGAUUACCUCAGCAGCUGGGGACCGCAGUUCAAGAAGCUGGCGGAGAUGUACAUAGGGAGAAGCCCGGAUCGGGAUACCUAGAAGGAGUCUGUUCGGUCACGAGCUAGCCAGACCACUAUUUGUCCAACUAGCCUGCGAGCUAGCAAAUACCUAUGUAUCAAACUAUAUAUCUGUUCAUGUCUGGUUCGCUAGCUAGCGCGCUAGGCAACUAGUUGUCUGUUUGACUCGGAAGGCUGCCAUCAUCCGCCUGAGACGGGGAUUAGAACUGGAUCUCCACAUCUGGUUCGCAAAGUUUUACUGUUUUUCGGUCAUAAUAAGUAAAGAUGCCUUUUGACUUUUAGGACUUUUUUGUGAACAAUGGCGUGGAAAUGUGUUUUGUAAUUGAGCAGAGAGAUAGCAGUAUUGUAUACUAUCAAUGUUUCAUGGCAUUGGAUUGUGUUUUGGGGGGGUGCCUUCCCCACCCGUUACGCUGAAUACUGUACAAAAGUGUUUUUGAACAUCCUAUAUACUAUUUGCUAUUAUGAUUAUUAUUUGUCUGACAAGCAAUGUUCAUGU